CUAUGCAUUCUCAUUCGUCCAUUCAAAUGUCAAUCAACACGCCGGAACUACGAUUAACAGGACCCUCUGUGGCGCAAAAAUGGAGGAUAACAUUAAAGAUCUCAGCCGACCUCAGAUGUAUUUAUUUGGUUGCUCAUUGAAAGCUGAUAAGAAAGAGCACAGAGUUGAGGUGGAUGAGGAUGAGGCUGAACAUCAGCUGUCACUCAAGGCGGUGUGUUUGGGAGCUGAGGCGGAGGAUAAGUUCCACACCGUGGAGAUGGAGGGAUUGACUUACGACGGUAAAACGUCCAAAAUCACUCUUGCUGUACUGAAGCCGUCCGUUCUGCCUUCUCUCAGUCUGGGAGGUUUCGAGGUCACCCCUCCUGUGUCCUUUCGCCUGCAGUCCGGAGGGGGGCCGGUCUACAUCAGCGGUCAACAUUUCGUCAGUGUGAAGGAAUCAGAUGAUGAGGAUGAGGAAGAGGAGGAGAAUAAUACAUCACCAGUCAAGAGACCCUCCAACAUGACCCUUGCAAAAGUGCCUCAGAAAAAGUUGAAAAUGGACUCCGAUGAAGACGAGGAUGAGGAUAGUGAUGAAGACGAUGACGAUGAUGAUGAUGAUGAUGAUGAUGACGAUGACAAAGAGGUAAAGGCUGUUGGAAAGAGCCCCGUCAAAACCCCUCAAAAAUCCCCAGAGAAGAAGAAGAGUGCAGAUAAGCAGAACGGCUCUCCAGACAAGAAAGCUGGGACAUCAGAGAAGCCCCAAACACAGACACCACAGAAAGCAAAAGACAAGUCUGCAGCAGGGCCUUCUGGGAAGUCUCCCAGCACUCCCAGCCUCAGCGAGGUCAAAAGCAAACUUUCAUCAGCAGCUAAAGAGGGGAAGCCGCUUCCAAAGACGGAACAGAAGUUUGAGAACUACGCUAGAAGCUCUUUCAAGAUCUCUGAUAAACAAGUGAUCAAAGACCUUUGGAACUUUUUACAAUCACUAAAAAAGUAAUGGCUGCUCUGCGCUCCCCUUCCCUUCCCGUCCCGUCCCGGUGCAGCAGAAGUCUGGGCUGAGCCAGUAACGGCACUUCAGCUGUGCGAUCUGGCCUCUUCCCGUCUUAAAGCAAUCCGCCUGCUCUUCUUUCACUUUAAAGAUGGAUAGAGCAGAACGAACCCCAGCAAUGGCACAGAUAUCAUGCUUCAUGUUUUAUGUUUUUUUUUUAAUUAUGGAUUUUUUUGUCAAGUCCACAGUGGUUUCUUAGAAGAACAGUUAAGGCAGUUAUAAUUUUAAAAGCAAACUAAGGGUGAAUCUCUCUAAAUCUUAGCAAGAACUUGUGCAGGUCAUAUUUCAUCUCAAAAUUCAAAAGGAAUUAUAUUUUGCAUUAAAUAAAUUAAGCCUGUUUUGGACUAAACAAAUGUUUUUAAUUUGACUUAAACCCAUUUCCCCCAGUUAUCAUAAUGCACAAAAAAAAAAAAAAAAAAAAAAUGGGCGAAAAAUUUGAAGUAUUUCCACAUCAUGGAUUGACUUGUGUUAAAGAUUAUAAUUUAUGGUGAUUAAAACAUGGUAAUCAUGGUAAUUAAAAAAAAUAUACAGUAUGAAAUAAGUUUAAUUGUAUUAAUAAUCAUUAAUAAUAAUGUGGGGAAAAAGUGAUAUUAAUGCAAUAAUGUUAAUGGUCAUUAAAAUAGGCUUUGUUUUUUUUAAUUCAAAAUAUAAUUUCCUUUAUUUUCUUUUGGUAAAAUUUUAUCCUGGGUGUUUUUGUGAGCAUCACUCUUAAGAAAGAAAACCAAUGGUGCUGGUUAAUUAUAUAUAUAUAUAUAUAUAUAUAUAUAUAUAUAUAUAUAUAUAUAUAUAUAUAUAUAUAUAUAUAUAUAUAUAUAUAUAUAUAUAUAUAUAUUUUUUUUUUUUUUUUUUUUUUGUUUUUUUUUGUUUUGAGGCCAUUAAAAAAAGAAAGAGAAAAACAACACUUUUUCACUACCAGCCCAAGACCAAUUUGCUUCUUGUGUAUAUUUGAAACCAUAAUCACUGUAAAGCGCCCCCUUAAUUUCUUCAUAUGAAGAUGGCAGCUGAAGUGUAAUAAUGUUAAAGAUUCAGUCAGAUUCUGAGUGUUCCGUCUGAUUGAAGAUUCCGUCUAGUUCCCAGUAUUCUGUGCAGCCCUCAGGAUUCUGCCUUGCAGCAAUUCCAAAAGACCUUCAACGUUUAAACUUUACAAUUAUCUUAAGUGCUAUAGACUCUCCCAUAAAAAUCCUCUUGAGAAGCACGGCUAGAAUAUUAUACCUUGUUAAAAAAGACGAAUGUUAGUUCAUGGUUUAGGUCAUAAAAUAUGAAAAAAGUUUGUAGUUUAGUUGAUUUGACAAUUUAAAACCAUGUUUUCGCAAUUUUAUGUUUUUGUCAUAUCGGUUGUUUUAAUUUUAUUUUCACUAAGCUAUUUUAAUUUGUUAGUGCUAAUAGAUAAACCCUUAAAUGUAUGUAGGUGUUUUUUGAAAGCAGAAGAAUCAGUCCUUGAGCUGUUUUAAUUAGUUUUGUUCUGUGACAUUGGUGAUUUUUCUUUCCCUCCACGAAGUACAGUAUAUGCUGCAAAGAAGCAGUGCAUUUCAACUAAACUGUAUUGUUCUAUUAUGAUCAACAAAAUGGUUUAUAAUGCAUUUGCACAGUGCUGCUUGUUUUUUUUUUAUGUCAAUUUUAUUAGGAGCAAUUUGAUUUUGUUGCAUCAUUCUGCUCGCUUGCAAUGUUAGAUUGGUUUCCUCUCGGAUGGAAAUGGAAGUAAUCCAGCUUUAGUUAACCUCUGAAAUAAAUGUGAAUUAUAACCUUGUGAAGUUGCCUAAGCUCCACCUUUGGAUGAAGGUAACCAAGUGCACUGAUAUGGUGUUGUUGUGACUGCUAACAUCGAAGGCUGGAGGCGAGAAGUUUAGACUAACACAAGAAGUAUAUCGUGCACCUUUCUAAUCUGAAAUUGUUCGUGUAAUGCUUCAUGCAUAUGUAGGUUGCAUCACACAGUUGCGCCAUUCAGUAUCUUUUUAUUUUUGUGUCCAGCUAUAAUAAUUUCUUUUACAAAUAACGGGGGUGAAUUGAUUGAUUUAAUGCUUUAAUUGAUUGUUACACCUACAUAACCUCUGAAUGUUGAAUCAAAAGCAGCUCUGAUGAAGUAAAUGUUUAAUGAUGCUCUAAAUUAAUGUAACGCUCGCCAGCAAAGCAAAGACCAUACAGAGCCCAACUUUACAGUUUUGUUUGACCUCAGCAAUCAUUUCUCCUGCUCCUAAAAGUCUCCGACCUGUUCGUCCACCUGAGGUGUUCACCUGAUUGGCUUGUUUUCUGUUCAAUCACUGUCUGAAACAGAAAGAAUAAAAGUGUCAGCUGAAA